ACAGAGUCCUAGCUCUGAAUUAUUAAAAGCCCCAUUCUCCUCUCCAGCCUUAACAAGAUGCCGGCCGUUCAUCACAAAUUGCUUUUAGAGGACGCUUUGCAGGACAGUCCUCAGACUCGCUCCUUGCUCAGCGUCUUUGAGGAAGAUGCGGGAACUCUGACCGACUACACCAACCAGCUGCUGCAGUCCAUGCAGAGAGUGUUUGGGGCCCAGAGCGAGAUGGGAUUGGCUACCCAACAGCUCUCCCAGCAGCUCCUCGACUAUGAGAAGAAGAACUUUGCCAUGGGGAAAGGAGACGAGGAGGUCAUCACCACUCUACAGAAGUUUGCCAGGACCGUCGAGGAGCUCAACGCCCUCCACACGGACCUGGCUAACCAGAUGGCAGACAGCAUGGUCUUCCCAUUAAUCCAGUUCCGGGAGAAAGACCUUACAGAAAUCAGCACACUGAGGGAGAUAUUUGGCAUCGCCACGGAUGAGCACGAAGCCUCCAUGGUCAAGUACAGCCGAUUGCCCAAGAAGAAGGAAAACGAAAAGGUGAAGGUGGACCUGGUGAAGGAGGUGGCGUACACCCGCAGGAAGCAGCACCAGGCAUCCAUGCAGUACUACUGCGCCCUCAACGCCCUGCAGUACCGCAAGAGGGUGGCCAUGCUGGAGCCCAUGCUGGGCUACACCCAAGCACAGGUGAAGUUCUACAAGAAGGGCAUGGAGCUGGUCACUAAGAAGAUGGACACCUUCCUUUCCUCUGUCUCCAACAUGACCCACAACAUCCAGGCCCAGCUGGACAGCGAGGCGGAGGCCAUGCGGAUGUCCCAGCGCGAGCUGCUCUCCGUGGAGGACACCGUCUACAUGCCCGACAAGGACGACGACCCCGUGAGCCGGUCCCUCAUCCAGAAGUCUGGCUACCUCAACAUCCGGAACAAGACGGGCCUUGUGACCACAGCCUGGGACCGGCUUUACUUCUUCACCCAGGGAGGGAACCUCAUGUGCCAGCCUCGCGGGGCAGUGGCCGGGGGCAUGGUCCUGGACCUGGACAACAGCUCGGUCAUGGCCGUGGAGUGUGAAGACCGACGCUAUUGUUUUCAGAUAACCUCUCCCACUGGAAAAACGUCGAUGAUCCUUCAGGCCGAGAGCAAGAAGGAGUACGAGGAGUGGAUCUGCACUGUCAACAACAUCUCCAGGCAGAUCUACCUGACCGAGAACCCGGAGGCCGUGGCCAUCCGGCUGAACCAGACUGCGUUGCAGGCGGUCACACCCAUCACCAGCUUCGAGAAGAGACAGGAGGGAUCGCCCAACCCUGACAGGGCCAAGCCCGGGGGGGUCCAUUGCAGCGCGGGGGACGUUCCGGGCCCCGGGGCCUCUUUGGAGCCAGAGGACCUGAUCGCUCCGGGGACCCCCAUUCAGUUUGACAUCGUUCUGCCCGCCUCGGAGUUCCAAGACCAGAACCGGACCGGGGGCAGGCGCACAAAUCCUUUCGGAGAGACCGACGAUGACUCUUCCUCCGAAAGUGACGACUCCCUCCUCCAGCAGGUGUUUGCCGUGCGCUUCCUGGGCUCCAUGGCGGUGCGCUGCGGAGACAACCAGGAUGUGAUCUACGAGGUCAUGCGGCAGGUUCUAGCGGCGCGCGCCAUCCACAACAUCUUCAGGACCACCGAGUCCCACCUCAUGGUCACCAGUAGCUGUCUCAAGCUGAUCGAUCCGCAGACUCAAGUAACGAGAAUACACUUCCAGCUAGGGGAGGUGCUUCAGUUCGCGGCCCACCAGGAGAACGGCAGGCUGAUGGGUCUGGUGGUGGAGGACCCCGACUGGUCCCAGGGCGACCAGGAGGGGGCGCCACCCUCCUACAGUGCCUUCGUGUUUGAGAGCAACACCGAGGGAGAAAAGAUAUGUUUCACGAUAAACUUGGCAAAGGAGAUCGUCGAAGCAAAGAAGGACCCAGAGGCCCUGGCUGAGCUGAUGAAGUCCAUGCCACUAACCAAUGACGGCAAAUUCCUGCUGCUGGAGGCGGAGACCGGGGAUCCGACCAAUGGGGAGGGACAGGAGGACCUAGAGUCUGAAGCCUAGUCCAAUCCUACCACCGCACCCACUACCCCACUCGAGAGAUCUGGGACAAAGUUUGACCUUUAACCCAUGGAGGGGUGAUCGAUCACCCUGCCAUGGCUGAAAUACCCCCUAUCUCUAUCUCUCCAGCUCUCUCCCGUAGCUCUUAAUGUUCUACAGCUAUUGUAUGGAAGCAUGUCACACCUCCAAUGAAGCAUACAAUUCACAUAUAUUAGCUUUCCAGAGUGAGUGCUUAGGCUACUAUGUUGUGAAGAAAGAGGCAUUUCUAGGAAGGUUACAGAGAAUUUAAGGAUCACCUGGAAUAGAAGGUUUGUUGUGGCCUGUAAGCAUGGAGCUGCAUUGAUUAAAACAAUGCAGCUUUGUUUCUUUGUCUUAACCUUCUCGGUACAUCCAAGUGAAAAAAAAAAAGGGACUAUGUAGUGCUUUAGUUAAUGUUUGAGUUUGUUGUUUUUAAUCAUCUCCAUGGAUUCUGGAACAAUAAUUGUCAGUGCUUCGAUGUCGGUGUACAUUCAUCUGACGUUUUCUCUUCUGACCUUUUGGUGUAUAGCCGACUACCACUAACUACCAUUUAUUUCUUGAAUAGUUUUGUAGCGAAACAAUAUUGCACUCGAGAGGUUUUUAGCUAUUUAACAACCUUAGUUUUGUUAUUUUUGGUUUCUUUUACUUUAAUAUGCACUAACGGGAAUGUGGCGGUAGUGGUGGUUGAUGGGUAGUUCUGAGCGGUGAAAAACGAUUAUACGGCCGUAUAAAAGACUCAGUGCCCAAUAAACCUGGAACUGAAUCAGCUACAAGCGCAGUCGGCUUGAGAUGCUCAUGAAGGACAUUAGGGCGUCCGUUAAGACGUUGAAGCCUCAGAAAAUAAACAUGUGGUAUUCAGAAUAUCCACAUUAGAAGUCUAAUAAAAAAGAAGGGUAUGGCAUUAUCUCCUACACUCCGACGCAUUCCAAACUAUGCUGAAUUCAUUCCAGCGCCCCCGACUUCUGCAACCCGAUGGCAUUAUCUCGAACACUCGGACGGAUUUCAAACUAUGCCGAAUUCAUUCCAGCACGCCAGACUUCUGCACCCCCGACUAUCCCAUAUCCUAGUUAUCAAAAAGCUGAUCAUUACAGAAAAUGGUACAAGUCUGUGUAAAUACCCCCUGUGUCAUUGUCUGUAAUGUGCAAUCAAAGGGGACUGCAGAAGCAUCUACAUUUUGGGGGGGGGGGGGGGGGGUUGUUACUACGUCGCUGCAUUAUAAACGCUAUAUCCUUGGCAACCCCCCCUCCCCCCGAGCACUAGAUUAAAACGGCAGUGAAGGCCACUGAACCCCAACAAAACAACACAAACACAAAUGCCCGAAAUUAUGUCUGUAAAGCCUGUAAACAGCCCGUGAUGGGGAGUCACGCAGUCAUUGGGAAGAAACACAACUCGUUGCUAUCCGAUAGCAGUCUAAUGCAAACGGGUGUGUAGGAAAAAUAAAUGCAAAGUGAGCGCAAGUCAUCCGGAAAAUUCCCUCAUCACCGCUGAAUUUCAAUACUUUUCAUUACACCAAAACGUAUUCAGGCAAAGAACGAUACGAUGCAAUUUUGUUUGAUUGCGACACAUUUUGUGUGUGUGUGUGUGUGUGUGUGUGUGUGUGUGUGUGUGUGUGUGUGUGUGUGUGUGUGUGUGUGUGUGUGUGUGUGUGUGUGUGUGUGUGUGUGUGUGUGUGUGUGUGUCAGAUGUCAAGCAAUCCUAAUUUGGCCUUGAUUGUGAACUGCUUUCAGUCCAAUGCUUAAGACUAUAAUCAGUUCGAGCUCCAAGCUUCCAGUUGAUACGCCUCUCACGGAGCUAAAAAAAUAAAGACUAAGCAGUUUGUUUUUCAGUUCUUAGAAAAGCUCCCAGAGAAUUGACAUCUCUUUUUUUACCACCUGUGGUAAAUGAAUACGUCCUGAUUCAGUGUGUGGCGGCAGGAACUAAACUCAGUAGGCCGCCACUUCACCAAGACAAAGGCGUAUUUAAAACAUACAGACUUAAGCUGGAGUAAGUUUGUCUUAUAUAGCGCCUGUGCAUGUACAAAGUUCUGCACAGUUCUUCUGCAGUAAGGGUUCGAUUAAAGAUAAUACUGGAAAUUCUUCAAGGAUCUAUGCCUAACCUCUCAUCGUUCAUGGAUUGUACCUUCAAACCUGAAUAUAACCGGUUUGUUUUUUGCACAUCUAGAAAUAAAUCAUCGGUACAUGGAAGAAAUAUGCAGGUCAAGCUCCAGGAAUGGUAAUGAUUUUCAUGUAAAUGUAAAGUUGAGUUUAUUAAAUAUACUGCUUUGCACUCAUUGUCUGACCUAAUUUUCUAAAACAAAAUGUCAACAUUCUUUAAUAAAAAUACACAUGACUUUUACUUUGAACGCUUGAAAUUAUACAUUUUCUUCACAUCGCAGAAGGAAUAACUUGAAACCGACUAACAUGGUCACCCAAAGUAUUCAUUUACAUGUUUUAUUUACACAUCAUGGAACACUUGUUUUGAAGGCAUAACAAUAGGACAGGACUUCUCGCCUGUCUAGCAGGACGAACGCUUGACACAAGGGGUACACUUUUUGGCAUCAGCUUAAUGUAGUUCUCAUUGGUAGCACCCAUAUUCACAAGCUAACCAAUAAUGCAAAGCCACUCACACAUCCGAGGAGUCUUCUAGUUCAAAUCAUAUAAUAUAACUCCUGUU